AGCUGUGUAUUUUAAUCAAGUUGGCAGCGCCGACUCCCAAUUGUAUCAAAAUAAUUCAAGCAAAACAAUAAAAUGCAAGAAUUUAGUCUAAAACGCGAUGCACUAUUUGCUUGCUUGGAUGAUGCGAGCAAAGAAUUAAAGGGCACAGCUCUAGAUCAGAGCAAAUCAAAGCCAUACACUGUAAACGCGUUAGAGCGAGCAAACAACAGUCGACAUGGACAGAGCACGCAGCAGGUAAUGAAUUAUCGACAGGGACGCAGCAUUGAAGCAGGCAACGAACCCGAUGAUGAGAAGUUGCGACGGCUGCGGGGAAAGGAGAGCAUAUUCAAGAAACCAGAGCUGCCGAUUGCACGAUGUCUGAAGCCGAGAAAGACACCCGACUACCAGGUGAACCCACACAAAUGGAAGAAGUACUCCCUCUCCGAUGUGGAUAUAUCCGAUCAGACCAACUCGGCUGCUGCAUUAUCCUUUCUCAGGGAAAUGGAUGCACAGCGCGAGACAGAGACAGAUGACGGCGAUAACGAAGCGAGAGCGGGACACAAGAUUGAGUUCAAGAAAAAGAGCAAAUUGAACCGCAAUCUCAAAAAGAUCGAGCAAGAUGAAGUCGAAGAUGUCGAACUCGACAAACCACAGCUCCGUGGCUCCAAACUGAUAAUGCCCGAGUAUGUGAUUGGCCAGAAGUCAGCCAGGAAGUCGAAGAACCAGCAGAGUUCCAGUCAAAGUCGCGCAGCGGGAAAACUUCAGUUAUCCCAUCUGGAAGAGGUUGACGAAUCCGAUGAAUAAACGGAAUAAUUUAAAAACUUAAGCU